AUGAAGCGCUCGUUCGAGGACGUGUCUGCAGUUCGAUCCAAUGUUGAUGAUAAUGCACUCAGCACCAUCGAUAGUGAACCGGUUGCUGUCACGGGGGCUACUAGCCACGAUACCAACUCUUUCGGUCGACCACGGAAGUAUCGGAUGUUGCACCACACACGAUCGUCAGCUCUGCUGGUGCAUCCGACAGAGAUCAAUGGUCUCUCAAAUGAUUGUAACAUUGCGUUCUCGCUGACAUCACCUCACCGAAGAUGCGAUGACUUGGAGGCUGCUUUACCGGAGGAAGCGUUGUUGAAUCUGGUAGUCUCGUUUCUCAACGUUCGUGAACAGCAGCAUCUUCGAGAAAUUAGUCGAUUAUGGCAGGAACGGGUGCAAACGUUAGAAGUAGAUCGACUUGAUUUGUCCGCUAAAACGUUGCCUUUGAGCGCACGUACACUUCAUCGUGCGUGUCUCGCUGUUAUGCAGAGCUACAGUCGCGUUCGUCGGCUUGACGUGUCAGGCCAACGUUCACUUACUGACCGCGACCUGCUCGUGCUGACGUCAUGCUUCUGGUCACACCUCGAGGAGAUCGUUGCGGACGAUUGUCCUGAGGUUUCAGAUGUUGCAGUGCUAGCUAUGCUCAAUGCUCAAUCUCUGCGACUUUGUUCCGUGUCCGUGCGUCGAUGCAAGAGGGUCACGGGUGAAGUAUUUGCUGGUCAAGUCUCGCAUCUCACAGGAUUGCAUCCGUCGCUCACGAGUCUUAAUAUGGAUGACACCAGCGUAACUCGUUCGUUUAUCUCGUGUCUAGAGACUCACUUUCCGACGCUGCAGCAUUUAAGCGCUCUUCACACACCGGCACAUCGCACGUUUUUCCUGCAGAACUCAACGUUGCGUCCUGUUUUGCAUGAACUUCAGUUACUGGUGAGCAACGAACUCGUGGAGCUUCCGUUGCUGCCUGCGCUUCUUGAUGAAUUUCAUCGGUGGUGCCGUAGUCAAGGUCGACGUAAAGCUGGAGCCUUUGAACGUACGGUAAUAGCGAGUGGAUCACGUGCGCUCCUGGAUAUCCCACUGCUUCUUUCUGGUGCUAAUGCUACCAGCGAGACUGAAGCAACUGACUCUGUACUCAUAUCACCUCUACUGUAUGCGUGCGCUAGUGGAAGAACUCGAGCUUUACAAGCUAUCCUGAUGGCGUCGCAAGGUCAACAAAAUGGUACUGCUCUCGAUUUGGAGAAUACGGACGCAGAUGGACACUCGGCGCUGAGUCUUGCGGUUGCAAAUGGACUUUUGGAAGCUACUCGACUAUUGCUGCAAGCAGGAGCCGAUGUUAAUACUCGUUCAUUGAUCUCAGCUUCGCCACUCUACAUCGCUAGUGAGCACGGUUGGGACGUUUUGGUGGACAUGUUGCUUGACGCAAAUGCAGAGAGGGAUUGUGCAGUCAGAGGUGGAGCGACUGCGUUAUGUGCUGCCGCCAAGAAUGGUCACCGGUCAAUUGUGCUGAGACUACUUGCAGCUGAGAAGCAGGCCGAGGACGAAUUACAAGCUCGAGGUCGUAUCAGCAAGAAGCAAUUGGUGCAAGCUUUGUUCUUGGCUUGUGAGGGUGGUCACUUGUUCGUGGUCUCUGAUCUUCUUCUACUCACAGAGCUGGAUGCUAAUGUUCUCAUGGACGAGAAUGUGUCUCCACUCUACUUGGCUUGUCAAAUGGGGCACGUGAAUAUUGCGUCUCUAUUGCUAAAGCGUGGUGCAAAUCCGAGCUUUCGCAGACCACAGGGUGGGGUAUCGUGCUUAUACAUUGCUGCUCAGGAAGGGCAUGACCAGAUUGUCCGCUUGCUAAUGAAAGCGGGGACGAACGUGUACACAAAGAUGCAUGAUAUGUCUACUGCACUACACAUCGCUGCUCGCAUGGGUCGGAUAGCUGUUUCCAGGGCUCUGCUACAAUAUGGUGCUCGGUUGAACGACCAAACUCGUUCUGGACUGACGGCGCUGUAUAUUGCAAGCGAAGAAGGACACGUGAAGCUUGUUCAAUUUUUGCUCGAAGCUGGUGCUGUACGGGACUUGCAAACAAGCACCGGAGCGACAGCUUUGUUUGCUGCCGUGCACCGGGGACACAAAGCCGUCAUAAAAGCUUUGCUUCUUGGGGGAGCGAAUGCCUCCUUAGCAAAGCACAACGGUACUAGUCCUCUCGACGCAGCAGCAUUGCUAGGUGAUAUCAAGACCACGAGACUUCUGCUACGCUUCGGAGCACGCGUAGGUGGAUUAACCCUGCAUUUCGCCGAGCGUCGACGCAACGCUGCCGAUCUCCAAGCCUUACUGCGGACGCGCUACAAAGCCCAGCACCCCUCCCACCGUGUCAAUACCGACAUCGUGACAAGCAUUUAA